AUGGAUUCCGGUAAGAGGAAAAGGAACAGAGUCGCUCAAUCGUGCACUAUUUGUCGGGUAAAGAAAAAGAGGUGUGAUAAGGUUAGGCCAGUAUGUGGAUAUUGUCAGGAGCAUGGAUUCUCCGCAAGUUGUCAAUAUGAUGAAGACAGGAUACUUCGAGAAACAAUUUCAAGGAUCCGCAAACCAGAUGUAGUCUCAUCAGAGACAGAAAUACAGAGUUUACAGGCUCAAGUUUCGAACAUGAGUCAACAUAUUGAGAAACUAGAGCUGUUGUUGAGCCAAUAUUCAGAAGCAUCGAGUAUCUCUGUAACGUCAAAUCAUCACCAAAUGCAACAACAACAACGCCCGAUAAUUUCCGAGAAGGAUACCAUUGAUUUCAGCAAUAACCUUGUUGUCAGUAGCCGAUCAAACUCCUUGGUGUAUACGCACCCAUUCCAUUGGCUCAUGCUUCUUCGUGGGGAUCUUUUCCAAACUGUUCUCUUGUUUUUGAAUCGUUGUUAUCGUCACAUCAAGCAGAAGUUUAAAGAGGCAGAAAUCGACAAUGAUUUAAGCGUAUUGAUCAAUCCUUUGCCAUCACAAUUGAAUGAAGGAUUUAAGAAUGAUAAAUUGCUAUUCAUUUUAAAUUUUCUCUUGGAUAAAGAAAGUCCGUUAUUCGAACAGAAUUCAAAAUAUGUUACCCAGACAUUUGCCUCGAAGCAUGCGGUGAUUACUUUCCCAUCUUUCAUUGACAGCUUCUUGUAUAAUGCGACAUCUAGAACAUCUUUAAUUGAAGAGAUCGCCAACAUUCUUCCUAAACAACAAAGCCACAUCCAAUUUCUUUGGAACGUUUUUGAAAGAUAUGUGUACCCAUUUGUGCCAAUUUUAAACUUGAAAGCGUUCAAGCGAGACAUUGAAUUGAUCAUUGUUGGUCUUAAAAUUGAUGACAGAAGUACAAAUAAUGUUGCCAAUCAUGAUGAUUUUAUUCUGCUCAAUAUUACAUUAACAUCGGUCAUUGAUCUCUCAAUGAUUGGAUGUUUUUUGAUAAUCCUCCGGAUCAGUUACUCCGUACUCCGGUAUAAUCCUGAUUUACUAACUCCCAAAAACCCUAUUGAACGGGAAAUUGUCAAUAUUGAUAAUUUGCAAUAUAUCAGCAGGGAGUAUAUAACCUUGGCAUCGGCCUGUUUUUCCCAAGCAAAAGCGUUCCUCAAACCAAACAUCAACGUUUUAAACGCGUAUAUGUUUAUUUAUUAUUACAUCACGUCGGCCGAAGAGCAUGCUGGGGCGAUUCCAUUAGAUGAGCGAUCUAUUCUACUAGGCACAAUCCAUUCCUUUGCCACUUCCAUUGGAUUAUCACAAGAUUGGUCAACUGUUUUAGUUAGGGAGGGCGCACCGCAUCCCGGAUCAGAUUUCCAAGAUAAGGAGAGUCUAGUGUACAUUACGAGAAAGCUAUGGUAUUCGAUACAAGAUUUUAUUUGUGAUGAGUUUGUAUUGGAUGCUUCUCCAUUGACAAACCUAAUUAAGGAGAGCUCUAGUGGGUCAGUGCAAUUACCAAAGAAACCAUUAUUGAAGGCGGGAGCCACUCCACUGAUAAAUACAUUAUCAGUUGACCUUGAGGAUCAAUUGAACCUGUUGAUUGACUUGAAUUUCGCAAAGAAAAAGGAAGUGAACAAACUAGUAAGUGACAUCAACUGUGCCAUUGAUAUUACGGGAGCCACUAAGGUCAAAGACAUUUAUUGGUGCUAUGAAGAGUAUAAUGAAUAUCUCAUCACUUCAUUUGGUGACGCUCAUUCAUUCUUUACCAAUAAUGAUAAUUUCAAAUCAUUCACGCCAGUGGACUCCGGUAAAAAAAUCGUGCUUACUGAUAUUUAUUUGAUCACUUUGCAUAAAGUGAUGCAAUUUGAAAGAUUUUUGAUGAUAUUUUCGUUGAAAUUGAAACUCACUAUAUGUUUAUUGACUCGUUAUGAAAACUCCGGGAAUCAGGCCCUUUACUCAUUCUUUUUACGGGAUUUCGUAACCAGUGUUGCGUUAGUGGUGAAAGUUCUAAUAAAAGAAUACUCUAUGAACAACAAAACAUUUUUGAAUAUUAAUAUUGAUGGGAUGUCAAAUGUUGAUUUGAAAAAUUUUAAUUUCAGAAUUACGCCAAAAUUCGAAAAACUUGUGAGAAUUGUAUUAUCUUGUGGCUUAUCUUUAUUGCUCCGAAUUUUCAUAUCAAUAUUCUUACUCCAUCAUCGAGUCAGAGAAUUAUCAUUCGAUCAUGAUCCGUUGAAUUUGCAAGCACUGGAAACUCUUAUUGAAAAAAUCGAAUGUUUUAUUAAAUUCAGGAAUAUUCUUUUUCAGAGUAUGGACAUAAUUUUCAAAGGACACUUUGAGAAGCAUAUUCGAUUUUAUUAUUAUGGGCUCAAGAGUCUUUUCCCGUUCUUGGUGACAUUGAUAGAAUACAGAAACCUUGAAAAAUUAAUGACCGAAAAUCCUGAUGCCGAUAAUUUUGAGUUCUUCAAUUUUCUUUUUUCCUACAAAAAGCUCAAUGGGGGGCAUCUAAGUGAUGAUUCCUUACCCACAACUGGGCGUUUCUUUGAUAAUGAAUAUCCUCUCGUUCAAAUUCCCGAUGAUUUUUCACUUUUAAAAUUUUCCCCUUCAGUUUUGCAAGCUUAUCAUGAAAUAUUGGAAAGUAACGCCAGUGUUCUAAAUGAAUUGCAGAAAAUUAUUGAUUCCGAUGAGUUAUAUCACACUAUCAAACAAGAAGAUUCGCCAGAUUUUUUGCAAACCCUUGAAAAAUUCUUCAAAGAAGGUACCUGA